GUGCAGGUCCCACUUGUUGGCGGAGAUUGUGUCAAGGGAGAGGCUGUGCACCUGGAGCCCUGUCUAGAAGAUGUAUGUGAUGGCUGGUGUUGCAAAAUGCCAAGGAGCCUGGGUGGCUGUCCUGAAUCUCUUGGGCAUGGCUCAUGCAUGGUAUCUGAAGUUGAGGCAUGGCUGGCUGAUGCUAAGAGAGCAGUCCUACCCACUUGUGGAGCCGAGGCAGUGACAGGAGGAAGGGCAGGGAAGGUUUUGUCUUCAUCUACUGAGAACUUUUGUCAGCAGCUAAGGCACAAAAAACAUGCCGGAGAUGGCUGAAAUCCUUGCUGGGGUGACGCUCUGUUCAGAGCAGAGAGGAUGGAACAGUGCACCGGCUGGAAUUUCCUGCAGAGGGGCUGUGGGAGGCAGGGGAUGUGCUGGGCUGGAUUUGCUGAAUCUGCCCCUCUACCUCCAUGCAGGGAGCAAGGAGGAGCUGUAUUGCAGUGCUACAGAGCAGAAGUCAGGGAGGUGAGGUCAAGGGGUGAUGGUGCUUGCUUCUCUUAUCUGCAUGCCUUGGAAGGAUUCAAGGGCAGAGUGUGGUGGGAACAUGGGGUAUGCACCAUGAUCAGCUGAAGAAGCGGGAGCAGGUGACUGCCUGGCCAUUGUGUGCAAACCUCACUCCCGAUAUGCUCGCCAAGCUUUGGGUGCUGAGGGUGGGAGGGCAGCAGCAACACCCUUGGCUUUUGAAGAAACCAGGCUCUUUGCUGGCACCAUCUGUUUCCAGAAAAGGUACAAGGUGAACACAGCAUCCCACAUGUCCUCGGAGCUCCGGGUGGAUUUUGUGUGUGUGCUCACCAGCAAGUGUUGCUCUGAGACUUGUGCUGGCCAAGUGAAAAAAAGCUGUUUUCCUCUUCUCAUCUUGGCUCCUGGAGCUUGGCUCUCAUCUUGGCUCCUGGCAAGCUCCUCUUGCCAGGUGUUUGUCUCAGCCUGCAGCCAGGACCCUCUCCUGCUCAGCAGGACCUGCUAUGGCUGCACAGCUGCAUGUCUCCCCUCCCUGCAGCACCCUCCUCGCCCAAGCUGGGGCUCAGGCUUAGAAGCUCUUGCUAGGUGAUUUUCUUUUCCCACUGCAGGCAGCCCCUUGGGACCUGCUGGUAGGUUUCAGAGCUCCCAGAGAACUGGACUGAUACCCGAGAGAUGCUGCUGGAGGGAGUGCUCUUCAGCCUCAAGUACCUGGGCAUGACACUGGUGGAGCAGCCGAAGGGUGAGGAGCUCUCUGCAGCUGCUGUCAAAAGGAUUGUUGCAACAGCAAAAGCAAGUGGAAAGAAACUGCAGAAAGUUACUCUGAAGGUCUCACCCAGAGGGAUCGUGUUAAAUGACAGUGAAACUAAUGAGCUGAUCGAGAACAUCUCCAUAUACAGGAUAUCCUACUGCACGGCAGACAAGAUCCACGAUAAAGUGUUUGCCUACAUUGCCCAGAACCAGCUCAAUGAGAACCUGGAGUGCCAUGCCUUCCUCUGUACCAAACGGAAAAUGGCCCAGGCAGUCACCCUCACUGUAGCUCAGGCGUUCAAAAUAGCGUUUGAGUUCUGGCAAGCCUCCAAGGAAGAGAAGGAAAAGCGGGAAAAGUCUGUCUUGGAAGGAGAAGGGUCAAGCAGCCCAAACUUGGAUGCCCAUACUUGCCCUGACACACCAGCAGUCACAGCGAACUUGCUGGAUUUAGAAGAUCCUGCCAAACUGACCCUGAGUGGCAGUGCAAACUCUGCACAUUUAGAUAACAGCAUGUUUGGGCCCAGCUCCUCCGUAAAUAACAACAUGAUGUGGGAAAUGGAUGAUGGUCUCGACGAGGCAUUUUCAAGACUUGCUCAGUCGAGAACAAACCCUCACGUUCUUGACACGGGACUGACAGCUCAAGACAUCCAGAGCACAGAAAUGCUUUCACCUGUAGAUUGGGAUAAAAUAGAUUCAAAUACAGGCGAGAAAGAUGAUGUGUUCAUGUUUUGAAGUCAAAUUCAUCUAAUAGCUGACAUUAGAAUAACCACUAAAUGUCUGUGGACUGAAUUAUGCUCUUCCAGGUGCUGUACACAAGGGACUCUUCUGAGGGAUCUUCACCAAGUCAGAUGAUGUUAUGGCACGACUUAGACCAAAGCUUUAGAAAUCUAAUGCUGAGUUGUUUUUUUUUUUUUUUUUUUUUUAACCUUGCUUUUACCUAAACUGUGAGAUGCUCUUGAACGUAUUUAUUCAUAGCUGUUGCAGUUUACAUACAUUAUUGGAAGGUGUGUAGAGCAUCUACAGUAUUUGAUGGCAAUAUAGCAUGGAAGAACCAUCAGCAGUGCCUGUUCCUCUCUGCAAAAGACUAUGCAACACCAAAGUCUCUGCAUAUAUGCGUUUCUAGACAAAGAUCUGCAAAUGCAGUUGCAAGCACGACUGUUACUAAGCUACUGUUUCUUGAACAACACAUCACCUGCCUAGGCAAAGGGGAAGAGAGUUGCUGCAGCUGCUAGCAAUGAUAAAAUCAAAGAGGUAGCAAAGAUGUUGCUUUUGUUGGGAAUGUCUGUGAUACUCUCACAGUUGUCAAUCACCCAUACAUGUUCUGGCUUUUUCUUUGCCAGCUUCUUAAAGGAAUUGAUGCUUUUUACCCAAAGAUUCAAUGUCUGCACUUUAAAACUUGAACUGAAAGCAAUGGUCCAAAAUGGCAAACUAAGCAGUGCCUGUAAUAUCUCUUCAGAAGCUAUUUAUCCCUCUUCCAAAACAAACAAAUGAACAUAAAAAAAUAAAAAUAAAAAAAAUCAGUGUUUCAGGUCUCUUUCAAAACUGACUUCUCACAUACACUGUUUCUGAUACGACUCGAAAUACUAAGGCUCAGUUGCAUUGUUGGUUUAAAAGCAAAGCCACUCCAAAGGGAGUAAACAAUCUGCUUUUCUAAAGUGUGUUGAAAGUUGCAGGUUGUCUGAAUCCAGUAGCACAAUAGAUCUGUGUUCUUAGCUCUGCUAAGUGGAUUUGCCCAUGUGUGCCUUUUUACUGUCUCAAAACUAUUUGGUAGUUGUCCACUCAAUAGACUCAGAUGGAAUUGGAUUAGACAAGACCAGUACUUGGAUGUUCAGUUAGCAACAGGUGCCCCUUUCAGUGGUACUCUAGUCCUCUUCCCCCUAUAGUCACAUCUGCUGUGAGGCUUAGGAAGUUCUUUUCAUCUAUUCGGGGAACUGAAAAUAAGUAAUGGAGGUAUAAAGCUUAUGUUAAUUAAAAGAUUAAGUUUAAUAAGCAAAAAUAGUUGCACUGACAGUUUGUAAUGUUUGUGGCCUUCUGUGAAGUAUACUAAGUAUACUAAGCUGUUUUAUAGAUUUGUAACUUGGACCUUGGUUUUGAAACACUAAUUCGUUCCUCAGACAGCUCUUUAUAAUUCUUUGUUUGCGAGUAAACAAACAAACAAAACCUCUUUGUCAGCUGUAACAGUUUAUUAGGAAACAGCUGAAUGACUCUAACUUAGAUUUGAUUUUUUUUCUCUAUUAUUGUGAUAAGGUAUUGAGGACUUGGGAAGCCAACUCAUCAAGUCUCUUAAUAAAACAUGUUCCCUGUUUAUUCUGCAAAAUUGUGUUUAGAGCAAUUUUACAACCUACUGUGCCCUUACUUGAUGUCAUGUGUAGCAUUGGUCUCCUGCAAUUGAAGGAAUUACUCAAAGUUCAUCCAUGCUACAGAGGCACGCAGUAGAGACGUGAACCUAAUGGACUGUGAGGCUUUCUCUGUACAUUGAUAUUUCUCCUUUUCUAGAGAUUUGAGAAUCAUAGACUGAAAUGCACAAUACUAUAUAUGUAUAUAUAUAGUUUUUAAGAAAACCUAAUGCUGUAAACAAUAUCUGUAUGGAGAAAAAUAAAUAUUCUGCCCUUUUUUGGAGCA